UGAAGAAUUGUUAUCUAUGCAGUUUAAAUAUUGUAACCUCUGCUCCGAAGCUCGAACAGAAACGUGUGAAGUGUACCAACCUCGUAAUACAAAUUCUUUUAUGAAGUUCUUGCCAACAUGGCCGAGGUAGCGAGUGAGAAACUGUCGAAAAACGAGCUCAAGAGGCGGCUGAAGGCAGAACAGAAGAUCAAGGAGAAGUCUGAGAAGGAAGCCAAGGCAAAGACUGCAGCAGCUGAAAAUGAGAUCAUUUCCAAGGAGAAGAAAGAGAAACCCAAGGAGGAAGACAUCAAUCCGCGUGAAUAUUUCAAAUUGCGAACAGCAGCAGUUGCACAGCUUAAAGACUCCAAUGAUCAUCCCUAUCCACAUAAGUUCCAUGUGUCCAUAUCUCUGGAGGGGUUUAUCGAGAAGUUUAGUGGCGUAGUGAAGGAAGGUGAAAUUCUUGAGAAUGAGACACAUAGUAUUGCUGGGAGAAUUUAUGCAAUCCGGGAGUCUGGUGCAAAACUCAUUUUCUACGAUCUACGUGGAGAGGGUUUGAAGAUUCAGGUGAUGGCUAAUGCCAAGCAUUAUGAAUCCGAAGAGAAGUUUCUUAAGGAUACUGACAAAAUCCGCCGUGGUGAUAUCAUAGGUAUUGUAGGAAAUCCUGGUAAAACUAAAAAGGGAGAGUUCUCUAUUAUGCCAAAGAGUAUUAAGCUUCUGAGUCCCUGUUUGCACAUGUUACCUCAUCUUCAUUAUGGACUAAAAGACAAGGAAACCAGAUUUCGUCAACGUUAUCUAGAUUUAAUAUUGAACGACAAAGUGCGACAGAUCUUCCAUAUACGUGCAAAGAUAAUAGCCUACGUCCGAAAAUUCCUUGACGAAUAUGGUUUCCUGGAAAUAGAAACUCCAAUGAUGAAUAUGAUUGCUGGUGGAGCUACAGCUAAACCCUUCAUAACGCAUCACAAUGAGCUUAACAUGGAUCUCUACAUGAGAAUCGCACCGGAGCUCUAUCACAAGAUGCUAGUGGUUGGCGGCAUUGAUCGGGUUUACGAGAUAGGGCGGCAAUUCCGAAACGAGGGUAUCGACAUGACCCAUAAUCCAGAGUUUACAACCUGUGAAUUUUACAUGGCCUAUGCAGAUUACAACGACCUGAUGUCCAUCACCGAGGACAUGAUUGCAGGAAUGGUUAAGAGUAUACAUGGUACCUAUAAAGUGAUCUACCAUCCAGAUGGGCCGGAAGGCGAGGGCGUGGAAAUUGAUUUCACUCCGCCCUUUAGGAGGGUUUCUAUGAUAAAAACUAUUGAAGAUGUACUCAAAGUGAAAUUACCAUCUCCGGAUCAGUUUCAUACAGCUGAGGCUAACAAGGCACUAAGUGAUCUGUGUGUCACACAUGGCGUGGAGUGUCCACCGCCUAGAACAACAGCAAGACUCCUGGACAAACUGGUAGGUGAAUUCAUCGAGGAAACGUGUGUCAACCCCACGUUUAUACUUGAUCAUCCACAAGUAAUGUCACCACUUGCUAAGUGGCAUCGCUCCGAGAAGGGGCUAACGGAGAGGUUUGAGUUAUUCGUGAUGAAAAAGGAAAUCUGCAAUGCGUAUACUGAGUUGAACGACCCUCUGGUCCAGAGACAGAGGUUCGAGCAGCAGGCAAAGGAUAAAGCAGCUGGUGAUGAUGAGGCCCAAUUGGUUGAUGAGAAUUUCUGUACUGCUUUGGAGUACGGAUUACCUCCAACUGGUGGUUGGGGUCUUGGUAUUGAUCGCCUCACUAUGUUCUUGACUGAUUCAAAUAAUAUAAAGGAAGUUUUGUUGUUCCCUGCAAUGAAGCCUGAUGAUCCUAAUAAGAACAAGGAUUUACCUGACGAAGAGAUGUCAGAUAAUACAAGUGGUACCAAUCAAUAAAGAAUAGUAAUAAUAAUAAUACUAGAUUUUUAUUAACACUUGUGAUUAAUAAAAAAAAGCAAUGCAGGUUAUAAAUUAUACAAAUUUUAUGGAAAUUAAAAAACUUUGCAUCGACACGGCUUAAA